UUCAGUAUCGCGGUUGCGUUGGCAUUGCGCUGCCAUAUUGUUUUUUGCUCUCUUAUGGUCUGCUACUAUGUACUAUCCGAAGAGGGAGGAUUCUGAAUACAAGUUUUGUGUGGUUUUGCGUAAAAUAAUGCGCACGUCAUAAGUCCAUUAACAUUGCGAUUGAGGGCACAUUCGCUUCUUCGUGACGUCGCAGUCUGCAAACGCAGACGAGCUUUCGAUCAUGGGUGUGAGCAUCAAAGUUGAUUUAGACAUGCGUCCCAUGUCCGUGGACUUGGUGUUUCCGAAGGGUAUCGAGGAAGGCGGCAGGGUGAGUUUGAACUUUUGGCGCUCGUCGUGGAGGUACGGAUCACUCGGAGAAACUACGCAGAAAACCACAGACCGCUCCCUGUGUAGAGGCAAUCAAGUAGCGGUCGUACGAAAACGAUCAGCACCGGAGCGUUACGACCCAGCGUACGUGCGCGAGAAAAUUAAAGUGGUCAGCUCAGAUGACGACAAUGACACGCUGUGUUACAUGUCCGAAAGUGCGGAAGUGUCAGCAAAGAAACAGAAAUGCUCGCCUUCGGGUGACGUCCAAAGCCGAUCAGAUGGAGACGACUCUGCUUCGAGAGACUCGUGUUAUGACGCUGGCAUGGACGCUAGCUUACCUGAUAUUCUGUCUUCUGACGAAGGCGAAGCAGCUCCAGUGCUUUUGGAGCAACAGCAGGAAGUGGAGGUCCUGGCAGAGCCCGAGGAAGUGCCGAUAACGCGAGCAUCUUCAGGCGCGCAAUUAAAUCUUGACGCGCUGGUACAGUCCUUGCUAAGCAAUGAGUCACAACAACCAAACGAGGUACCGGUAUCACAGUCACUGCAGAAGGGUACAGAGCCACUUGAGGCCACAUCUGUAGAAGUAGUGGAAUUAGGUAAUGUUACACCCAGUGAGCAGCCAGUGGUACAGGAGGAGGUCGAAGAACCCAGUCCAGUGAGUACAGAACCAGCUCCGACUCCACUGAACGUACUUCCCCCUACCAAGACUGAAAGAUUGAAACUCCCAGAUCCAAAGAAAUCUUCGACGCCACCGAAAACGACCAGCAUAAUAUUCGUGUGCUCCUACUGCUCUUACAAGUGUAAUAACAGGGAUGCGGCCAUCGAGCAUUGCAAAGCGCACAUUGGCCAGGGCAAUCACACGUCUACAGUUUCGGCGGGACCCAAUAUAGUCACGCUGUCCACGCCUAAGUUGAAGUCUUCUUCAAAUGUGACCAACAAGCCGCAGAACGCCGAUUCGGCGGUACCGCUCAUAAGCAGCACAUUUUCCCUGAACACUCAAGCGAAGGUUGAGGUCACUGCCGACACCUCGGGGUUGAUUUUAGCCGGUGACAGCGGAAAGUUCAGGCUCGUAAAAUCGAGCAGCACUUCUCAGGGAGGUGCCAUAUUCAUGGCAGUGCCUCUUUCCGACACGAGCAGCCCUGCACAGAAACGCGCUUCCCCGUCGGCCUCUCCCGCAGCUGCGACUCCCCCGAAAUCGACGAAGUCACCGAAAUCUCUGCUGACAAAACUGAAAACACCUUCGCGGGGCACUCCCCCAAAAACUCCUCCGCCCAGCACGAAAGUUCUGUUCAAGUGCUUCAAGUGCGACCACCAGACUUUCGACCGUGCCGUCGCGAUACAGCACUUGAGCUUUCACACGAUCGAGAAGAAAGCCGACCCGGCUUCCUCCGCCAAGCCCAAGACGCAAGAAUCCUACGCCUGCGGAAAAUGCGGGAAGGCCUUCAGCGUUAAGAACAGCUACAUGAAGCACAUGCGACGCCACAUAGCUCCCAGGCAGCUGUUGGAGUGCACGUACUGCAGCCGUCGCUUCAACAACCGGGCCAACCUGGACGUCCACGUCCGCACCCACACGCAGGACUACCCCUUCAAGUGCGACCACUGCGCCAAGGGCUACAUGACGGAGCAGCAACUCGAGAAGCACCGGGCGCGGUGCCACUCCGACCCCGUGUUCUGCACGGACUGCAACCUGCCCUUUAAGCUGGAGCGUAACCUGACGUACCACAUGAUCAAACACCACGAGCUGCAGACGUCGUUCAAGUGCGACAAGUGCUCCAACUACUUUCCCGACCAGCAGGACCUGACGAGGCACUCUGAGAGGUGCGGGAAACCGAGCCGGGCCGACACGUUCCUGCGGUGCCUCUACUGCAGCUUCGAGGGGCCGACGUACGCCGACCUCACCGGCCACGUCGUGCAGUGUCACCAGGACGCGACCAUCUAUCAGUGCAGUACCUGCGACAAGGUCUUUGUGCACUCCGAGAAGCUCAAGGCCCACGAAAAGAGUCACCGGGAGUCUGGGUCGUCCAAGAAGACCUCCUACAAGUGUCCGGUGUGCAGCAAGCAGAUGCACACCCAGAUAGGACUUCAGUCUCACCUCUGCACCCACAACCAGGUGCGUCCGUACAAGUGCACGGUGUGCAACGCGGCGCUGACGUCGAAAGGGAACCUGCGGCUGCACAUGCUGAACACCCACGGCACGAAGAAGUACAUGUGCGACCAGUGUCCGAAAGUGUGCACCUCCAUGAUAACGCUCCGGCGGCACGUGGCAAAGACGCACACGCAGACGCUGUCGCACGAGUGCGACCGGUGCCACAAGCGCUUCAACAGCGGACAGCGUUUGCAGAAACACAUGGCCCUAAUCCACAUGGGCGACACGGAGAUGAUAACCAAGGACCACAACCCGUUCCCGCUGAUAAAGCCCUUCACGUGCGACGAGUGCGAGUUCAGCACGUUCAGUCCGUACAGGAUUAAGGCGCACAAGAUAAUGCACACGGGAAUCAUGCCGUUCCAGUGCACCACCUGCAGCAAGUCCUUCGUGGUGCAGGACGAACUGACGCGGCACAUGGCGCUCUCCCAUUCCCGCGGCCGCGGUACCCACCCCUGCACACAGUGCAAGCGCGUGUUUGUUGCCAAGCAACGGUUCGACUACCACAUGCAGCUGCACGAAAUGGGGGGCGGGUUUUCCUGCCCAGACUGCGGGUACCUCUACGAGUCGAGGUCGUACCUCGAGCACCACAUGCAGAGCCACUCCGCGGUCGAGAGCUUCGCGUGCAACCUCUGCAGCCGGACGUUCAAGGUGUCCAGGGGGCUCACCAUCCACAUGUCCCAGUCGCACCCGGAGACGAGGAAGUGGCACACGCUGACCGUGCUGCGGUCCCUCAACUACCCGCACCCGUGCGACCAGUGCCUGAUGAAGUUCAAGACGACGGCGGAGCUGAAGGCGCACAAGCUGAUACGGCACCUCGGCGUGCGCCCCCCGCCUCCGCACACGAUGAAGCGCUACUCCUGCAGCCACUGCCCGAGAAUGUUCGCGUUCAACUGCGAGCUGACCCACCACAUGCGGAUCCACACCGGGGAAAUGCCCUACACGUGCGAGCACUGCCAGAAGAAGUUCCGGUACGCGCACUCGUUGCGUAAGCACAACGUGGUCGUGCACACCAAAGACUUCAAGUUCUUCUGCCCCCUCUGCAACAAGGGUUACGUGGACAACGCCAAGGUGAGACAGCACUUGAAGAGCGCGCAUAAGGCCGUCGGCGGCUCGGUGCAGUCCAGGAAGAGGUCUUCCGCAAAGAUGGUUGAAGACGAGAACGGUCCUUCCGAGCCGCAGAAGUCGGCGGGGGCAACGAGAAGAAGGGUGUCGAAGACGCCCAAGGGAUUGCCGGUUGCGAUGCAGGGCGGCGGUGUUACGGACGACACGGAAAGCGCUGUGGCGUUGUUGAAGACCCUGUUCUGAACCAAUUUUGACGCGACCGCGGAAAGACUUUCUGGAAGUGCCAUGAAAAGUUGUGUCGGGUUAUCAAAGUAUUGAAACAGUUUCGAUAUCUAUUACAAUUAUAUCGAAUACAUAUCAACAUCGACAUACGUGUCCGGAUGCGGGCAGUUGCAUAUCGACAGUUCCCUCUACAGGGAUCGUCGCGUUCUUUUAUUAACAGGUCGGCAACCUUGCUUCAUACUGGGUGUGACUUGCGUCAAGACGUGCAACUUGAGUUUCUGUUGAGCAACUUGAGCAACAUCUUCCAGUUUUAUGGUUUUGCAUUGCUGCACGAUAGAGUGUCAUACUCACGAUGCCGUCAGAAAGUUUGCAUGCACAUUUUUUAUGUGUGUGAAUCAUAUGGUUACUUCAUGGACUUCAUGGACUUCACUUGGACUUCAUGCUUGAAAGUAGUGGAGCCUUACGUUGUAUGAGAUGUUUCUUUGUUUAUUAAUGAGACAGGAUGUCGCGUGGCGUACAGUUUGCUGGAAGGAAAUGACAGUUCAGUUUUGACCGUUUUCUAUGAAAUGAAUGCAUAAAUAAUGUGCUUCAAGCAUGAAACACUUGAGAAGUGCCUCCUUGUUGCAUCUUGAACUGGUGUACCAACAUAAUUGGAUGCUGAAGAAGUGUUGAGUGGAAGGUUGGAUAGGCUUGUAUUGAAGCAAAUACAGCUGAGUAGUUGUUCGCUAUC